CCUAGGGUGCAGCAACGAGAGACGCGACUCUGCACCUCGUCACGUGUUUGGCCUCUGAAAGAAAGACAGACAGACAGAAAGAAAGGUCACAGAGUGAGACGAAGCAUGCUCGGCGGCGGAGGCUCCUGGCCAGGGCAGGAGCUGCGGCGCACGUGACAUGGCGUCGAGUGCGGUGCACCACUGCCGGGACUGCGGCCUCUACUUCGAGUCGUCCACCUCGCUGGACGUCCACCUGCACUACCACAAGGACAACCUGCUGAGCAAAUGGGCGCAGCAGCCGCCCCCGCCGGCCCAACACCACCUCCAGCAGCAGGUCCAGCAACAACCGCCUCACGAUGAGCACAACAACAACAGCAUCGUCGAACACGCCAAGGGCCGGCACCGAAGUGGCGCCGACGAGCAGCACGCCUCGCCCCUAACCAGAUACACGCCACCUUCUGGAGGUUCUCCAGCAUCUAUGCAAGCAGUGCCGACCUCAACGACCGACGUCAUGCGAUCGCCAGGUCACAGCACCAACGGCUACUUCGUGGAAGAGCAGCCGACGUCAUCGACGCCCUUCGCCACCGAGUACACCAACGGCGGAGGCCCGAUGCGCGCCAACACCCCCUCGGGCGGGGGCAUGCCGCGCUACAUGCCUUACAACAACACCAGCCUGCAGCAGCAGCACGCCCCUGAAAUGAUGAACGGAGGCACGUGCUGGGCUUGUGGCUACACCGCCUCCACCAUGGCCGCCAUGAUGGUGCACAAGUGUCCAACCCUGCAACACCAGCAGCCACCCCAGCCGCCUCCGCAGGCGCCGCCGGGCGAAGAACACUCGUCGCCGAGCUCCUCCGCCUCACUCGAGGAGCAGUUCUUCGAGCACACGGCCACCCCGCCGCCCCCGAGGCCCAAGGAGGAGGCCUCUGCCGAAAUUCUGGACCUCGACUCGCACAAGGUCCACAUUUACCAGCAACAACUGGAGGCGGACAAGCGGCGGAUGAAGCGCGAGUUCCAGCCCGACCCCAUGAUGGGCUACAUGGAGCCCCGCGCCAAGGCCAGGCUGAACGGCAUCGACAUGCCCGAGUACGCCCACCCCCACCACCAGAUGCAGCCUCCGAUGAUGGGCUACCACCCGGGCCCUCCGCCCCCACCGGAGAUGAUGGGCAUGGUGCCGCCCCCACCGCAGUACCUGCACCAGCAGCCCCCCGCCAUGGCCAUGGGGCCGCAGACGCAGCCGUUGCCGCACCAACAACCACCGCCUCCGAGCGGGGGCGGGGUCCAGACGCCCCCGUCGGGGGGCAACCAGUCGUGGAAGUCGAACGAGGCGCGCCGUCCGAAGACGUACAACUGUCCGGCGUGCAACAAGUGGUUCACCAGCAGCGGCCAUCUGAAGCGGCACUACAACACCACCCUGCACAAGAACGCCGUCAAGCAGGGGGCGCCUGACCCCCUGAAGGAGGGCCUCGUGCACCGCUCGCUGCCGCCCACGCACCACACCACCAACGACUCCAACUCGACAGGUAACACGGCCUCCCCGGUUCCGAGUCUAGGCGAAGAGUCGUCGUCGAGGAGCGACGACAACACCCCCACCAUGCUGCCCCCUCUCCACCCUCAGUCGAACGCAAGCAGUCCCCCAAACAGGGAGGCAGGUCUCUCGGAGUCUCUAACGUUGGCGGCGUUGGAGCUUUCAACUCCUGGAGGCCUGCAAGUUCCGCCACCAUCCCCCAGCAGCAGCAACAACAGCAACAACAACCGACCCCAGCCCCAUCCCAGCAGCAACAACAACAACAGUUUUACACCCAGCAACAGCAGCAACAGUACUACCAGCAACAACAAUUCGGUAACUUUUACCAACCAUCUCCUCCCGCCAAGCAGCAAUGGGCCGCUGCCGCCCCUCGGAGGACGCCCGGAGGCGCCUUCCCCUCACCACCCAACCCUGGGUGGCUUGAUGCCAGUCCUGCACAACCCCCAGCCGCCAAGUACGGCCAGCAGUAUGGUGGUGGCGCCACUUACAGCGCCUACCAGUACUACUAGGAUGUACCCGAACUACGACUCGGACUUUUACACCGGCGACCAUGCACCCACCUACACCCAGUUGACCGAGCGACACCAUCCUCCGGCGCCGCUGCCCAGCUUUGCUCAGUUCCACCACUACUCGUACGAGUUCGUGCAGCCCCGCACGUCGCCGCAGGCCAUGGCCGACAUGUGGUCGUCCAUGCACUACCACCACCAGGAGGUGCCCUCCAUUCGGUCUCAGUUUUCCGAGAGCAGCCUCGACUCGGGCGGCGACCGUCAAAUGUCGUCACCCAUGACUCGCAGCACGCCCUCCCCUCGCCCGGUGGUGCCGACCUCCACAGUGGACGACGCCGACAUCAAGAAACGCCUGAUGAACGGCACCACCCGGGGGAGGGGGCGCGGCCGAGGCCGCGGCAGGCCGCCGGCGUCCAGCUACGGCGGCGUCCACAAAUGCCUGGACUGCGACAAGGAGUUCAACAAGGCGUGCUACCUGACGCAGCACAACAAGAGUUUCCACGCCGGGGACAAACCGUUCAAGUGCAACAAGUGCGGCAAGCGCUUCACCUCCGAGUGUCUGUACCAGGAGCACCUGAACAAGCACGCCGGCGAGAAGCCGUACAAGUGCGAGAUCUGUCCGAAGCAGUUCAACCACAAGACGGACCUGCGCCGCCAUCUUUGUCUGCACACCGGCGAGAAGCCGUACACCUGCGAGACGUGCGGCAAGGGCUUCAUCCGCAAGGACCACAUGCUGAAGCACUGCGCCACCCACCAGCGUUACGGGGACAGCCGCCGCGGCAAGAAGCCCAAGGUCGUCGGCCACGUCUUCUGAGAAGUGUCCCGCAAUUUCCAGUUUGUACAUAAUUAGCGCGCGCAGUCGCCAAACUGUUGCCAAAAUUGGACAAAUGAGAAUUCGAUGGUGCCAAUUCAAUUGAUAAUUUUCACAGAUUUUCAUUCCUAUUUUUAAAUUUAACAAAAUGCCCAGACUAUAUUUGAACUAAUAAUUGCUAAUUUUUGUUUUAAACUCCGGUUUAUUACGAAUUUUGUUUUUGUAUAUGAGCGAAGAUCUCCUUGAACUCGCUUUUAUUUUAUUUUUUUUUAGAGUAUUUCCUUUUUUACUUCUGAGCGCGCCAGUACCUAGUUCUGCAAUUGAUUUCAAUCACACAAACACUUACACGCAUUUUCCCAUAGUGCUAAUGAUUGCCAUUUAAUGGAGACCCGUUUACUAAAAUCGUGUAUUUUUUGGCACUUUUACAGUCGCGAUUGACUUUAAAAAAAACCUAUCAAAAUAAUGGCAGCUUCAGAAGAAAAAUUGUCAUCAUCAUCUGUCGAAUUUAAAAAUACAACGCAAGCUCAAACCCUGACAAAAAUCGCCCAUUCCUUGUUAAAAAAUUAUACCGGUAUUCAAAAUAUCUCUAGUAUAUAAAUAAUUUGUCUCGAAACUCCUACAUAUCCCCAAACUGGUUUCACUCAACUGGAUUAUUUUGAUUAAUUGAAGACUGAAUAUAUGAUAUAUCAAUGAUUUUGUUGCAUAUCAAUAGUUAGAACGAGAUGAGCAAUUUUUAAUCCUGUUACAUUCCCCCAUGUAUAUCAUAUUAAACAAACAACACAUAAUUAAUAUUGAGAGCAAUCGUGCGCAUUUUAAUUAUUUAAAAACUACAUAAUCACCGACAAAGCACUACCUCACGCGGUAACACAUAAUACAAAUUGGGGUUGUCCUUUCCUGUUUGUGAUUUUUUUAUCAUUCCUGCUAUUUAAAAAAAAAAGUGGAAGCAACGAAAAUUGUAAUGGGCGCUAAAUUUUCACCGUCAAAAAUUAUUCAGGGAUGUCCUAUGUACAGAAUUUUCCAUUGACUAAUUUUUGCAGAAAACCGGGCUUAGUGCUGCCAAUUAAAGAUCUUACGCAAAUUUUUUGAGUGCAAGGAAAAGAGUGAAUGUGUGCUUGUGGUGAACCUUGAAUGUGUGUUGCCGAGUGGCGCGAAUACGUUAUUAAUUAAUAAUUGAAUUAAUCUUUGCUGUAAAUAAUGUUGAAGAGCAUUUAACGAGGAUAUAUACUUAACGAGUAAGGCGUGAAUCAUGUCGUUAUUACGUGUUAAUGCUGGUUAACGUGCAUGGGGAGCUUACAAGUGAAUUUCUGGCAAGGCGCUGGAUUCCUUUUUUCCAUUCUGAGAAAUGACAAGUUCCUCGCGCAAAAAAUUAAGCUCCUCUGUCAGCUGAAAAGGAGUGUACAAAACGAAUAUUACACACAUAAAACUCAAGAACAAAAAUUUAAAACAACACUUGUAUUUAUAUGACAAAUGAAAAACUCAAAAUACUGUAACGAUAUUAAGAGAAAUCUACUACCUCUCCCUUGUAUGCUUAAAAAAACACUCAAUACAUUUCACACACAAAUUCACACAAGACAUUAAAAAUAGGAGUUCAAAAUUUGAAGACGACAAAAGUAUAAGCAAUAAAUUUAAACAAAACGCGGUUAAGAUCGCCCCUUUUUCCAGAAAAAUCUGUUUGCGUGGAUAGUUUUUGUGCAGAGAGUGGCUGAGAAUCCGGACUCAAAGGGUUGUAGAACUACAAAACAAAAUUAACGAAAUUGUUGUAAUUUUCGCCCUCAUAUCUUGUGUAUCAGUUUUUUUUCUUCUAAAAUUGUGUAUAAUUGUUGUAAUAUUUCUAACCAAUACUUUUGCUUAUUUGAAAACGACGUUUCUCUCAGGUGUUUUAAAUUAUGAUGCGUUAUUGACUCAAGUGUACACAGUAUUUGCCCUAAGUUGACCGAUGGAAAAAAUGACUCAUUAUGUAUGAUGCUGAUUUUUUUAUGGACGAAUGAAGUAAAUAAAAAGAGAA